AUGGGCUCAGAAUUCGGUGCCACCGCCGAGUCCAAGGCCCAGAUUGAUCUGGGCCCGGUGACCGUGUGGUGGGUGACCUGGGGUUGUAUCUGGACAACUGUUCUCAUCGCCGGAAUGGUCUAUCUCGUCCUGCACCGCAAUAUGCCGACCCUGCGAAUUCGUGGCCUCGGUCUAUCACUCACUUCGAUUGUCGUCCUUCAUUUAUAUUGGAUCCCUACUCAAUUCGGCACUAUGCUGGGUGCUGUCUUGCCGGGUGACUGUGGCUAUUGGCUGAUGGGGACUCUCCUACCUUGUGGCAUUGCCCUGUUCCAUGGCUCCAACGCUCGCUUCCUCCACGUCGCUAAUCAGCAAAAGAAGUUCGCCGUGGAUGGCUAUCGUUUCGUCGAUGCUCCUCCCACCGAGCCGAAGACUGGCUUGAUUGCCCGUUUCCAACGUCUCAAAUAUACUAGCAAGAUUCUCUUUUUCGUCGGUAUCGGAAUGUUCGUUCAGGUGUUCCUCACCGUCUUGAUGUGGUUGAUCUCCCGCAAAUACCACAGCUCCUGGGGUAUCCCCGGCACCGAAGUCACCGGAACCCCGAUGGAGAUCCUCACAAAACAAGGCGCCGGAUGGGAAUGGUGGCCGGGUGUGUUCUGGCAGUUCUUCUGGUCCUGGCUCGUGGCCCCUAUCGUUCUCUGGAAAUCCCGCAACAUCCACGACACCCACGGCUGGCGCAUCCAGACCAUCGGCUGCGCGAUUGCCGGCCUCUGGGCCACCCCCAUGUGGCUCGUCGGCCUCUACGUCCCCGCCAUGGCCCCCGUCAACAAGGUCUGGGUUCCUCCCCAGUGGAUCUGCCUGUCCAUCAUGAUCAUCGAAAUCUUCACCGUCUUCCUCCCCUGCUGGGAAGUCAUGCGCCACCAGAGCCUCCGCCAGGAGACCCUCGAGUCGAUCGCCCGCUGGGAAACAAAGGUCAAAUCCACCUCGGACGAGAAAUCCAUCCACUCCGAAAACACCGUCGUCGCCUCCAUGAUCUCAGGCUGGAAAUCCAACAGCUCCACCACCACCUUCAACUCCCGCGACAGCAUCCUGACCAUGGGCGCCCUCGAACACGUCCUCGAGCGCAACCCCGCCCCGUUGCAGGAAUUCUCCGCCCUGCGCGAGUUCUCCGGCGAGAACAUCGUCUUCCUCACCAGCGUCGCGGAAUGGCGCAACAAGCUGCCCGCCGCGAUGAAGGACCGCGCCGCCAUGGCCGAGAGAAACAACCGCGACAUCAUCCGCAGCGCCUUCAACCGUGCCCUGCACAUCUACGCCGAGUUCAUCAGCGUCCGCCACGCCGAGUUCCCCGUCAAUAUCUCCCACCAGGAGCUGAAGAAGCUGGAGGAUAUUUUCGAGAAGCCCACUCGUCUGCUCUACGGCGAGGAGCGCGAGUGCGACCCCACCAGUCCCUUCGACAAGUUCACUUUCGAUCCGCCCUCGCCUUCGUCCGUCGACUCCGAGAAGACCAUGCAGGCUUCCAUGGCCGCGUCUCUCAAGGACCGCGUGCAGUACUGGGGCGAUAUUCCCGCUGGGUUUGAGGCGUCUAUCUUCGACGCCGCAGAGGCCAGUAUCAAGUACCUCGUGCUCACCAAUACCUGGCCCAAGUUCAUCAAGGACCGCCGAGGCUCGGUGGAGUCCAUUGAGGCUCUGAAGAUGGAUGUCUAA